CCAAGGUGUAUGGCACGGCCGACCGAUGCUAGCAGCGUACGUCGACCAGAUGCUGGCGCGGUCGCGAUUGCGAUCGAGGACCUCACAGCCACAUCACCGCUAAUGGCGAAGAAGCGCAGCCGCGAGUCAUACCCAGCCGCAAUCUUCUUGACGACGUUGCCGUCGCUCGCCAUCCUGACCGCCAUGCUCGUAAGCUUUUCCACGCAAGUUCCGAUGGAUCAUUGGCUGGUCGAUCCGCUUUCCGUGCGACUGGCUCUGUCACAGAACUUUAUAUCCGCGUGGAUCGUCGCCGCGCCAAUCCCAUUCACCGCGGCGCUUAUCGAGGCCAUGUACAGCGCCUCCAAGACUGCUUCUGAGACCCCAGCGGAGAAAUGGAGUACGCGGGAGGGCCUGGAUGACGCUCGUGCAAGAGCCCGUACGACUAGCACUGCGGAAAAGCUGAUAUUGCCGACAGGAUGCUUGGCUGUUGUGGCGCUGAUCCUCACGUACUACUUUCCGACGUUCGACUGGGUUUCGACAAAGGUCUGGUUCUGCCUGCUUGUCACUCUGCUCGUGACAGUCGUCUUACUGAUGCACACUGCGUUCCGUUCGCUGCGCGAGGGGCUUGUGUGUCGCGAGAGAGGAAACGCUUUGGCUUACUUCUAUGCGAGAGCACCGACUCUGCUGGCGACAAUUGCACUGCAGUGCUCGGUUUUUGCAUUUGUGUUCUGGGAGGACCUCUACAUCCUACCAGUCACACCCGUUGGGUAUCUCGAAAACUUUGAUGCUUGCAUCGACCUCGGAUCAAACUACACGGCAGAGAACUGUCAUUUGGCGGUCGAUUUGGCGGCGGCGGGCAUUUGGACUGAAGGCUGGC